AUGGGUCGUAUAGUUUCCGUCCUGGGCGGGAUCACGCAGGAUAUGGUGACCAUUACGGAACGCCUGCCCGAUAAUGGGGAGACCGUAACCUCGUCCUCCUUCACCAUGUCCCCAGGCGGUAAGGGCGCAAAUUCAGCCGUCGCCGUCCAUCGUCUCACCCGCCCAAAUCCAAAGAAUCAUGUAGAAGGCCGUCCCAAAACUUCCGGCGAGGACAUUCAAGUCCGCAUGGUUGGUGCAGUGGGCGACGAUGAAUUCGGUCCAGCGCUCAAACAAUGUUUGUAUAACUGCGGUGUGAAUGCCGACGGUGUCAGUCUUGUUCCGGGCAGAAAUGGGAUUGCUGUCACGCUUGUGGAGGAGAAGACAGGCGCCAAUCGCAUCAUGCAGUUUCCUGGAGCAGCGUACAAACGGAAAGCCGAGGAGUUCUUGACGCUGGAAAGUCUGGGAGGGGGCGUCAAGCCUGAUUUGGUCAUCGCUCAGCUAGAGCUGCACCGAGAGACGGUUGAGCAGGCGAUUGAGACGGCAUAUCUGAAUCAUAUUGAGGUCUUGCUGAAUCCGUCGCCUGCGUUUUAUCUUCUGCCGGAUAUCUACCCGAUGAUUACCCAUUUGGUAAUGAAUGAGACUGAGGCGGUGUUGUUGUCUUUGAUCAAACCAGAUGAUAUCGUCAAUCAGACCGGAUGGACGUCCGUGACAGAAUACUUCCAGAAACUUGGGGUGAAAAACAUUGUGAUCACCUUGGGUGAGAAGGGUGCUUACUUUCUCAAUGAGUGGGAAUCUGGGUAUGUAGAGGCCGAGAAAGACUUGAGAAUUCUCGAUACGGCAGGCGCAGGUGAUAGUUUUGUCGGCGGCUAUACUGCUUCAUACAUGGCACAGAAGCUCGACUUGCCGGAAGGAGGCAAAUGGGAUAUCAAGGCCGCAAUCAGCAAUGGGAACAAAGCAGCCGCACGGAUCAUAGAGCAUGUAGGGUGUCUUGAGCCAAUAUGUUGGGCUGAUGAAGUUGAUAAGUCUUGGUAUGAUAGAGAACCAACAGCAAUCGGUGAAGUGAUAAAUGCAGUAUGA